GUCAUGAAAAGGCAUCAUGCUUGUGAGAGAGUCAGUGAAAAGAAAGAAUUUAAUNNGCUCCAGAAGAAACACCUCCAGCAGGAGAAGGAGUGUCUCAUGUCCAAGCUGGUGGAGGCCGAAAUGGAUGGAGCUGCAGCUGCCAAGCAGGUCAUGGCCUUGAAGGACACCAUCGGGAAGCUGAAAACGGAGAAACAAAUUACUUGCACGGACAUCAACACCCUAACAAGACAGAAGGAACUCCUCCUGCAGAAGCUGAGCACAUUUGAGGAGACCAACCGCACUCUCCGAGACCUGCUAAGGGAACAGCAUAGCAAAGAGGAUUCUGAAAGGCUGGUGGAGCAACAAGGAGCACUGCUAAAACGGCUGGCAGAGGCAGACUCCGAGAAAGCGCGCCUGCUGUUACUACUGCAAGACAAGGACAAAGAGGUCGAAGAACUACUCCAGGAAAUUCAGUGUGAGAAGGCUCAAGCAAAGACAGCAUCUGAGCUUUCUAAAUCCAUGGAGUCCAUGCGUGGGCAUUUACAGGCUCAACUUCGAUGUAAAGAGGCCGAGAACAGUCGCUUAUGCAUGCAGAUCAAGAACCUGGAACACAGUGGAAACCAGCACAAGGCAGAAGUAGAGGCCAUCAUGGAGCAGCUGAAGGAACUGAAGCAGAAGGGAGAUCGAGACAAAGAGACCUUGAAAAAGGCCAUCCGAGCCCAGAAGGAGCGAGCUGAGAAGAGUGAGGAGUAUGCUGAGCACCUGCACGUGCAGCUUGCUGACAAGGAUCUUUAUGUUGCCGAGGCUUUGUCCACUCUGGAAUCAUGGAGGAGCCGCUACAAUCAAGUUGUGAAAGAUAAGGGUGACCUUGAGCUGGAAAUUAUUGUCCUAAAUGACCGGGUAACAGAUCUGGUGAAUCAACAACAGACCUUGGAGGAAAAGAUGAGGGAAGACCGGGACAGCCUCGUGGAGAGACUCCACCGUCAGACUGCUGAAUAUUCUGUGUUCAAGCUCGAAAAUGAGAGGCUGAAGGCUAGCUUUGCCCCAAUGGAGGACAAACUCAGUCAGGCACAUCUGGAGGUCCAACAGCUGAAGGCAUCUGCCAAGAACUAUGAGGGAAUGAUUGACAACUAUAAGAGUCAGGUAAUAAAGACUAGAUUGGAGGCAGAUGAAGUGGCUGCCCAGCUCGAACGCUGUGACAAAGGGAACAAGAUCCAGAAGGAUGAGAUGAACAAAGAAAUUGAAGCGGCACGUCGGCAGUUCCAGUCCCAGUUGGCUGACCUGCAGCAGUUACCUGAUAUCCUCAAGAUUACAGAGGCUAAGCUAGCCGAGUGCCAAGAUCAGUUGCAGGGAUGCGAGAGGAAGAACAUUGACCUCACAGCCAUCAUAUCAGACCUGCGCAGCGGGGUAAGGGACUGGCAGAAAGGGUCCCACGAACUGGCCCAAGCAGGGGCCCGCAUACCAAGAUGA